AUAACUUAGUGCCCUUUUAAUUUAAAUCACAGUUUAUCUGUGAAGUACAGAUGUUGGAUGCAGAUUAAUGUAUGUUCCCCUGCCUCUUUACACUGUGUUCAUUGGAAAUUCGGUCCCUCCCUUUGCUCCUCCCUGCCUCCCCCUCCCAAAUUAGAGUUUAAUAAAAGCGAACAAUUAUGCUUAGAGCAGUAACCAUCCUGUGAUUCCAAACUGUUUUUUGGAUCUUGAUAAGUAUUUAUGGUGCGUUGAGAAACAUAAGGAAAGCCGGAAAGAGCUUUUUGCUAGGUAGAAUCCUCUGACUCGUCAUCCACUAUCAAGAAGCCUCUUCCAAGUGACUGAAGCAGGGGAGCUGAGCCAAUCAGAGGGCUCUUUCCUGGCUCUGUCAUCAGUCCUUGGUUGGGGAAGGGUUUUGCUUUUAUGCUCUGUAUUUGGAAGGCAGAUAAAAUGCCAGGUCUGGACUGCCUCUAGGGAUAACCUUCCCCUUUAGGAUGUGAAGGAGUAACAUCUUGGCUGGAGAAUCCACAGAAAAUUGAUAAGGCAGGCUCUGUUCUUCAGCACAGGCCUUUUCUACCUUUUGACCCAGCUGUGGUUUUGUAGCAAUUUUGCUUUUGUCCUGAAAGAGGUGCUUUGGAUUAUCAGAGCUCCAUGUACGACAAUUUGUACCUGCAUGGAUUUGAAGAUUCAGAGGCGGAAGAAUAAUGUGAUGUGUUACCCAAGAUGGUGUGAACAGAGCUUCAAGCCAAUGGAGAAGACUAGGCCUAAAUAGCUGUGCCGAUGAAGUGAAAAAUACAGCCACACCUGGAGUAUUCACAUCCUCAGCAGUCAUUCUCAGUGCAAAUGCAUUUAUGGCUGGUUCAGCGGAUUCCUAUACAAGUAGACCAUCUGAUUCAGAUGUAUCGUUGGAAGAGGAUAGAGAAGCAAUUCGUCAAGAAAGAGAACAACAAGCGGCUAUUCAACUUGAAAGAGCAAAGUCAAAACCUGUAGCAUUUGCAGUGAAAACGAAUGUGAGUUAUUGUGGAGCUCUAGAUGAAGAUGUCCCUGUUCCAAGCACUGCCAUCUCCUUUGAUGCCAAGGACUUUCUGCACAUUAAAGAGAAAUAUAACAAUGAUUGGUGGAUAGGACGGCUGGUUAAAGAGGGCUGUGAAAUUGGCUUCAUUCCAAGUCCACUUAGACUGGAGAAUAUCCGAAUCCAGCAAGAGCAGAAAAGAGGACGUUUUCAUGGAGGGAAAUCAGGUGGAAAUUCUUCUUCAAGUCUCGGAGAAAUGGUGUCAGGAACAUUUCGAGCAACACCCACAUCAACUGCAAAACAGAAGCAAAAAGUGACGGAGCACAUCCCACCUUAUGAUGUUGUGCCAUCCAUGAGGCCGGUUGUGUUAGUGGGGCCGUCACUGAAAGGUUAUGAGGUGACAGACAUGAUGCAGAAAGCCCUUUUUGACUUCUUGAAGCACAGGUUUGAUGGGAGGAUAUCCAUUACGAGAGUGACAGCUGACAUUUCUCUUGCUAAGAGGUCUGUCCUAAAUAAUCCCAGCAAGAGGGCAAUAAUCGAGCGGUCAAACACACGAUCCAGCUUAGCUGAAGUACAAAGUGAAAUUGAAAGAAUCUUUGAGUUGGCAAGAUCCUUGCAACUUGUUGUCCUUGAUGCAGAUACUAUCAACCAUCCAGCACAACUUAUAAAGACUUCUUUAGCACCAAUUAUUGUCCAUGUAAAAGUUUCAUCCCCAAAGGUUUUGCAACGGCUGAUUAAGUCUAGAGGAAAGUCCCAAAGUAAACACUUAAAUGUCCAAUUGGUGGCAGCUGAUAAACUUGCACAAUGUCCCCCUGAAAUGUUUGAUGUUAUUCUGGAUGAAAAUCAGCUUGAGGAUGCAUGUGAACAUUUGGCAGAAUACCUUGAGGCAUACUGGCGUGCUACACAUACAACAAGUAGCACCCCCAUGACACCCCUACUUGGAAGGAAUUUGGGCUCCACAGCACUUUCACCAUACCCCACUGCAAUCUCUGGAUUACAGAGCCAGCGCAUGAGGCACAGCAACCACUCUACUGAGAACUCUCCAAUUGAAAGACGAAGUCUGAUGGCCUCUGAUGAAAAUUAUCACAAUGAAAGGGCCCGGAAGAGUAGGAACCGCUUGUCUUCCAGUUCCCAACACAGCCGAGAUCAUUACCCUCUUGUGGAAGAAGAGUACUCUGACUCAUAUCAGGACACUUAUAAACCCCAUAGGAAUCGAGGAUCACCUGGGGGAUAUAGCCAUGAUUCUCGACAUAGGCUUUGAGUUUGAGAACAUGUGGGGGGUGGGGGGAAAAUAGUAUUCAUCAGUUGACAAUUUGCCAUAACAUAACUAGGACAAACUAAUCAUCUUAACUUGGCAGGUCAAGCACAGUGUUUGCUGUGUUUAUCAGCUGCUGUCAUUUGAUGGUAGGUAAAGGGCAAAAAAAAAAAAAAAAAAAAAAAAAAGUACAUCAAGCCCUAAUGUUAGAGGGAAAUUAGAUGCCCAAUCAUAUAGUUGUUGUUUUUUUCUUUUGUUCUUUUUUUUUUAAUGUAACAUUAUAACUACCUUUUUCUUCAUUAGGUGUUAGACACAUCAGUGUGUAAUUUAGGGUACUUAUCAAGGCACAUAUAAAAUAAUUUCCUGUGCUGGAAAUUCCAAAUGACCAGUUCCAGUUGGAACCAAUUUAUAAACCAAUUCCUGUUGGAAUUUGGGAGAAUCGACUAGAAAGUCUACUUGAGCAUGUUGCAAUCAAUUGAAAAUUUAAAAAAAAAAAAAAAAAGCUAAU